UCCAUCAUUUUUGUUUUCAUGACCAAGCGAAACAUUCAAGUCGAUAAUAAAGACCAAAAUAUUCAUAAAAUACCUGAGAAAUGGAGUUCCCCACAUUAGGCGAACAUUGCAUGUACGAAAAUUGCAAUCAAAUUGAUUUUCUGCCAUUACAAUGUAAAUGUGGGAAGGUUUUUUGUCGUGAACAUUUUACUGAGCACAGUUUAUCUGGAGAAUGCGAGUUAGCGCCGGAACCGAAGGAGAUCAAGCUGAAGAGCGAUGAUCAGAUAUUCCGUUGCUCAUCCAAGGGCUGCCGGAAAGGCAGCUUGCACGAAAUACUGUGUCCAAAAUGCCAAAAACACUUCUGUAUUGAACACCGAUUUCACCCGUCAUGCCCAGAGAUUGAUGACGAAACGAUGGCAGCCAAAAUAGAGCAGCUGGAAGCCCCAAGACGACAGUUCCAAGAGGCCAAUAAGCAUUUACAAGAGAAGAUAACAGAAAACAUAAGAAAAGCACUUCAAUCUACAGCAAAAGUUAAAACAGCCUCAAAAAUCCAUCUCAUGAGAAUAAAACAAAAAGCAAAAGGUCCUAAAUCCAUCCCUGCUUCUGACCGAGUCUACUUUGCUAUCGGAAAACCAAAAAACAUGGAAGCCAAGUCUAUCAAAGUUAUUGAAGAUGUAGAUAAAUUAGUGGUCUUAGAGUCUGUGACCUUAGAUCCUGAUUUAAAGGAUUCUGUACCAGUGUUUAUAAGUUCAAAAUGGAGUUUAGGCAGAGCAAUAGACAGUAUUUGUGACACUUGUGAUAUUAAGAAUGAAAACAAUAAGAUGAGUGAAGUGAAACUCAGGGUAUUCCGACAGUUGGAUGGGUACUGCAUCAGUCCGCAGAAGAUGGAUGUGGAGAUCGGGGAGCUGAUGAACCAGGAGGUGCUGCUAGAAGGUGACAAGUUAGUCGUAGAGUACAUUGAUAGUAAAGUGUUGAGUGGUAUUUCGGAAAAUGCUCAGAUUUUCUUAAGUUGACAUAUGUAUCCGGAGAUGUAGUAAAGACAUUGAAAACA